CCUGUAUCAGUUUUAUUAUAACACUACCUGAAUGCAAACAUUAAAAAAUUAUUAAAAAAAAAAUGUGUCAAUGCGAAAGUUGUGCCUGUAUGGACGAUAAGUGCGGUACUACACUUAAGGAAAAACAAAUUGUUGUUAUCGUCUUGUCCUGGGUAUACACUCUCUUUACUCUGAUAUAUGCAGCAGUUAAAAUUGAUGCGGCUGCCUCUUCGUCUAAUAUGCUACAAACAAGAAGCGAAAAAGACGCGUGUAUUGCAUACAUAGUCAUAUUGGUAUUGACGUGCUUACAAAUUGUAGGCGCCAUAUUUCUUACAGUCGGUUUUUGCUGUAACAAAAAACUUCUAUAUUUACUCGGCAUUAUUUUUACCUCGUUACUGCUAUGGCUGCCAAUUCUUCAAAUCUUUCUUAUCAUAUGGGCGUGUCGAUAUUAUAGCGUAAAAAUGUAGGGUUCGAUAGGAAACUAUUUGAAGCAAAUAAUAUGUCAACUCCAGUGUUUAUGCGUGUAUAUGUCAAGUUCAAUGUUUCAAAUAAGCUGCUGCAAAAUUAUCUGUUGAAAAUAAAAAUUGG